AAUUUAUUCAGUAGCACUACCCUCUCUCCCAUUUUAAGAUGAAGCAAUUGCAACAAGAGAGUCACUGCCCCUGGCCGGGCAAGGGGCACUAGGUGGACCAGCGGCCUCCAAAGUCCCCUGACCUGGUGUGGAAGUGGCGAAGGAUUCCUGAUGCUCUGGACCUGUCGUGUGCUCUGCUCCCAAGCGGGGCCCUCCGCUGGGGGCUGGAAGCCCCUGCGCUUUGAUGGUGGGGCCUUCCACCUCAAGGGCACAGGAGAACUGACCCGGGCUUUGCUGGUGCUACGGCUGUGUGCCUGGCCCCCUCUGGUCACCCACGGCCUGGCGCUCCAAGCCUGGUCUCAGCGACUCCUGGGGUCCCAGCUCUCGGGCGCGCUUCUCCGAGCAUCCAUCUACGGGCAGUUUGUGGCUGGUGAGACCACAGAGGAGGUGAGGGCCUGUGUCCAACAGCUGCAGAGCCUAGGCCUCCGGCCCCUGCUGGCGGUGCCCACUGAGGAGGAGCCAGACUCAGCUGUCAAGACUGGCGAGGCCUGGUAUGAGGGGAACCUCCGCGCUAUGCUUCGAUGUGUGGACCUGUCACGAGGCCUCCUGGAGAGCCCCGGCCCGACUGGAAACAUCCUCAUGCAGCUGAAGAUUACGGCGCUGAUGAGCACUCGGCUCUGUAAGGAGCUAACCUCACGCGUCCAAAGGCCAGGGGGGUCCUUGGAGCUGAGCCCUGAAAGACUGGCCGAAGCCAUGGACUCUGGGCAGGACCUCCAGGUCUCCUGCCUCAAUGUCGAGCAAACCCGGCAUCUCCAGGCCUCCUUGAGCCGUUUGCACCGGGUGGUACAGCACGCCCGGGCCCAGCAUGUGAGGCUCCUGGUGGACGCUGAGUACACCUCCCUGAACCCUGCACUCUCUCUGCUGGUGGCCGCUCUGGCCGCUCGCUGGAACGGCCCCAGGGAAGGCGGGCCCUGGGUGUGGAACACUUACCAGGCCUAUCUGAAGGACACCUACGAGCAGCUGAGGCGGGAUGCUGAGGCCGCAGACAGGGCUGGCCUGGCCUUCGGGGUGAAGCUGGUACGAGGGGCAUAUCUGGACAAGGAGAGAGAGGUGGCCCGGCUCCAGGGUACCGAAGAUCCCACUCAGCCUGACUACAAGGCUACCAGUCAGAGUUACAGCCGCUGUCUGGAGCUGAUGCUAACCCAGGUGUCCCAUCGUGGCCCCAUGUGCCCCCUCAUGGUGGCUUCCCACAAUGAGGACUCUGUUCACCAGGCAACCAAGCGCAUGUGGGAGCUGGGCAUUCCUCUGGAUGGGCCUGUCUGUUUUGGACAACUUCUGGGGAUGUGUGACCAUGUCUCCCUGGCACUGGGGCAGGCUGGCUAUGCUGUGUACAAGUCCAUCCCCUAUGGCUCCCUGGAGGAAGUGAUCCCCUACCUGAUCCGGAGGGCCCAGGAGAACCAAAGCGUACUGCGGGGUGCCCGCAGGGAACAGGAACUGCUCAGUCAAGAACUUCGGCGGAGGCUGCUGGGGCGGGGCCUGAGGGUACCCCAUUAG